AGGUCCUUCACCUUGCUAAAGCACUAAGUAUGCCGCAAAUGGUCACGGAAUCCGAAUGCCGACGACUCCUAAAAGUGGAGCUUCACGCACAUCUCAAUGGCAGCAUGUCGCUAAAAACAAUCAAGAAGUUGUACCGGAUGCAGAAAGAAAGCAGCUUGAAUCCAGCGAGUUUGGAAGCUGAUCUUAAGCUGAAACAACCAAGCACCAUGGAGGAGGUGUUCAAAAUCUUUCCGCUAAUCCAGUCUCUGACUACAACCAAACAAUCAGUGAAGAUAGCUACCAUCGACGUUAUUAGCGAGUUUGCAGAAGAUGGUGUAAUCUAUCUGGAGCUAAGAUCAACACCCAAGAUGACUUCGGAAAUGUCAAAAAAAGAGUAUGUGGAAGCUAUUCUUGAAGGAAUUGCCGAAAGCUCUCGCUCUCUCGGUAUAAUCACUAGGCUCAUCCUAAGCGUCGACCGUCGUCAGUCACCUGAAGAAGCAGAACAAACAAUCGCACUCGCUGUGAACGAUAAAACGGGCCUCAUUGUCGGCAUCGAACUUAGCGGUAAUCCUGCCAUAGAUGGUAGGAAAUUUUUAUCAGCGCUAAAAGCUGCUCGUAAACAGGGAUUAAAAAUCACCGUUCAUCUAGCUGAGGUCUCUAAUCAGUUAGAAGAGGUUGAAGAAUUUCUUCAUUUCAAACCAGACCGAAUAGGACAUGGGACAUUCUUGCAUACUCGCGACGAAUAUGUGAACCUCAUGAUGCAUUAUCGGAUUCCCUUAGAGGUUUGUCUUACCUCCAAUGUUUUAAGCAUGACAACUACAAGUAUGGCCAACUCGCACCUGAAAUUUUGGUGUGGAAAAUCUAUUCCAAUCUGUCUCUGUACCGACGACAAAGGAUUAAUGGAUUGUGAUCUCUCUAGCGAAUUCUACAAAGCGAGCCAGAUCUUCGGAUUUGAGAUGCAGGAUCUCUGGACCAUAUCCGUAAACGCCUUGAAAAUGUCUUUUUUGGACAAGAAGAGUGAAGACUAUAGAAACCUCAUGAGCACGCUUGAUCGUACGACGCUCUGAUCAAACGGUUUUGUUUAUUGAAAGGAUGCCAAAUUUUGCGAAUAUGGUUUGUAUUGUUUUAUUAAAGAAAGUUGUCAAGCCACUGAAUCUUCCUUUAAAUAAAGCU